AAGUAGUUGCACAACCAAUGAAUCCGAACGAUUCAAUGUCGCCCCGUGCGCGGCGAAUGACACAGCACAACCCAUGUCAGAAGGAGACCGAGGCGAGCUACAAGUGCCUCGACGAGAACAACUACAACCGAGACAUGUGCGGCCAGUUCUUUGACGCUUACAAGGCGUGCAAGCAGCGAUGGCAUGACGAGCGCGCGGAAGCAAGGCGGAAAAAGUACGAGGAAGAGAGCUUGUUUCGGCACAUCAAGCUCGCAUUCGGCUUUGGUCCGCAACCAUCGUCAUCAGAGCAGUCGGAAGCCAAGUCGGAAGCCAAGGCGGAAGCAAUGCCUGGAUCACCGUCAUCCAAAAAUUAGGCGCAAGCGACGACGGGUGGGCAAACAGCGUAGCCGCAUUGAAUCAACUUUGGUCUGAGAAGAUCAGCAAGCUCAAGACGUUGCAUUGCUCGUUGGCUUGCCCAGUUGCAUCGUCCACCAAAGAGUCCAAAAGCAAGGCAGUAAUGAUGGUUGUUCUGGAACGAUGGUCAAACUGCCAAAAUGUGUACAAUAUUCGUUACUCAAUCAAAAUGGC